AACAACGUAUACAUAGCUUUUUAACAGCAUUCAUAACAAACGUUAAACACUUCGAAUAGCAAUGUGAUACGUAGAACAAUUUAAUCAAAAACUUGUGAACAAUUAAAAACAUUUGAAUGGAAUAAACAGUAACCAGUAUUGUGAGAUCACUUAUUAAGCGGUAACAUUGCGGUAAAUUCCGUGAAAUUUCAUCUACAAUACAAUGUGUGAAAAAUUUUUUUCUAAUAUUCCCAGUGAAUUGGUUCGUGCUGAACUUUUCGAAACCAUCGAAAAUGAAUUACAGUCGAAAAAUUAUGAUGUCAAUUUGAGUGUUGCAUCACAAUGUGGCGUGAACAAUUUCAUUGGUAAUAUUUAUCGUGUGUCAUUUGUAAAGAAAAACGCUGUUAACAAUGAUUGGUUGCAUGGUGCAACAAAGUCGUUAAUUGUGAAAACAGCGCCACAAAAUUUGGCGCGUCGUGACAAUUUCUUUGUUCGACCGGCAUUUGUGCGUGAGAUUUAUAUGUACGACAAGGUUUUACCAUUCUUCCGUCAAUUUGAGCGCUCAAAAAAUGUGAACAUUUUCAGCGAAUACCCAAUGUGUUAUCAAACCAUUGAUGUGGAACUGAAUGAAGGUCUAGUUUUUGAGGAUUUGAGUGUGAAUGGUUUCACCACCGUCGAUCGGCAUAAAGAAGAUAUGACUGCUGAACACGUUAACUUGGUUAUGAAAACAUUGGGAAAAUUUCACGCAAUUUCAUUUGCAUUGAAAGAUCAGCAACCGAACAAAUUUAAUGAACUCGCAUCAAAUUUGAGUGAAGUCUUUGUGCGUAAAGAUGAUAUACGUUUAGGUGAAAUUGUCAACCAACAAGCGGAAAUAAUGUUGAAUGUUGUAUCUGCUGAUGAAGAUGCUCAUUUAUUGGCUAAAGUGAAAAAGCUUUGUGACCAGGGCAUUUUUAGCAUUGCAACCGAUUGUCUUGAUACAGAGUUAACAGGUGAAGCAACAGUUAUAUCACAUGGCGAUACAUGGCAAAAUAACACAAUGUUUAAGUAUGACACUAAUAGUAAGCCAAUGAAAGUUUGCCUUUUGGAUUGGCAAACAUCAAGACACUCUUCGCCAGUCAUUGAUAUCGUUUAUUUUAUCUUCUGCUGUACAACGAAGAAACUUCGAGAGGUUCAUUAUGAGAGCUUUUUGGACAUUUAUCAUGAAAGCUUGUGUGAACAUAUAAAAAUGCUGGGAUCUAAGCCACACAAGUUGUUUCCACGUGAACUAAUGCAAAAACACUUGCACCAACUUGCAAAAUUUGCAUUAAUUUUGUCUACAAUAUUGUUGCCGAUGUUAACGUCCGACAGUGGGCACGCAAUCGAUAUAGAUGAAGUGUCAUGUGAUCUUGAGAGCGGAAAGGAAACCAAUGGAACCGAUAUUUUUAUAUCAGAUAAAUCACGAAGCAAAUUUCAUGAACGUUUGCGUGAUGUUAUAGAAGAUAUGGCACGAUUAGAUUAUAUUUGA